AUGAUUGUUCUAUUGGGUCAAGAAAGGCGUUUUGAAGUUUUGGACUUUUGUUAUCACAUCUUAAGAGUGCAGCGUGCUGAUGGCAGAGAUGAAGAUGUCAAAGGGAUUAAUUGUCCUCACGGUCGACCACGGUUGAGCCCGCGAUUUGCUGAGAUAUCAGCGUAUGCUGACAGCAGCUCAUCAAUUGGCACGCCUCCUCCCUUAUUUGAAGAAAUGAAAACCGAACCUAUUGAUAUGGAAACAAUGGAAAGUAUAAAACCCGAGUGUGAGUUGCCUAGAGUUGAGAACGUGGAAGAAGCAAGAGACGAAACUUUGCUUAAACAAGAAUGGGAUUUUAGUGAAAAUGAAUAGUCCACACCAACCACUGACGAGGAUCUAGACUCGGACAAUUCCUUUUCCUCAGACGAAGAGUCUCUCGCAGACUGCCCAAAACAUCAAAACGUUAAGAAAACUGCGUCUCACUUAAAGUGUAAAGUCUGUGGUGCGGCAUGUGCGAAUCGACAGCUUCUUAAAGCCCAUCAUAUGCGUCAUCAUCCACAGGAAAAUCCGUUCGCUUGUAAUAUUUGCUCCAGUUCAUUUAAAUCAACGUUUUUAUUGGCCCAGCAUAAGCUGAAACACAAUCGUCCCGACACCAUGCAAUGCCAGGAAUGUGGCAAGUACUUUCGAAGCCAAUUGCAUUUGCAACGACAUAAUAAGAACUUUCAUUUAAUUUCAUCCUAUGCCUGCCAUAUUUGCCAUCAGCAGUUCGAAAGUUAUACUCAGAUGAGAUUUCAGUAUCAUUUGCGCCAACAUGGCGAAAAACGUUUUCCCUGCACUUACUGCCACAAGGCUUUCCACCAGAAGAUACAUUUGAUUAAUCGCGAGCGCACUCAUACUAAAGAACAGCCGUUUAAUUGUGACUUUUGUGGCAAAGCUUACAGACAACAAACUGCUUGUCAAGAACACAUGAAAACUUAUAAAGAUCCAACCCCAUUCAAAUGUAAACUCUGCCCCAAGUCCUUCAGUCAACGCUCCACACUGCGUAUUCACAUGCAAAAAACACACAACUUGAUAAAAGCGUCUACAACACCUCUUAAAAGAGUGCGGUCUGAAGUUUUUGAAUAG